AUGUCUCUCUGCGACCUUUGCAAGUCCCUUCCGCUGGAGAAUCUUCCUCCGUUUCCCGACGAGAAAUACUCCAGAACGCUCAGCGGGAAACAGAGGCUGCAUAACCUGUACCUCAAAGACUAUGAGAGAGGGAAACCUCUUGAGCGGUUCGGGGUUUCCUACCAUCCAGACCUGGACAGCCUUCGUAAGGCGGCGUCGGGUGGAUGUGUUCUCUGCCAGGCAGUCGCGAAGGAGGCAGAUGGUAUUCUGGACGAGCUGGCAAGCCCUUCUGAGUUCUCUUUGAAUAGCUACGUCCCGGACUGGGACAUGUGGCUGACCAAACGUGGCGAGGAUGGAGGAGAUGGGCUGUGGGUUCUAUCCAGAUGUGCCGAGAACAGCGACCGCAGUAUAGCUGUCGUGGCAGCAAUCGGGUUCGCAUCAGAUGAAGAUGAUCCUCUCUCCGCGGGCUCAAGCGACCGCGUGUUGAGAGAAGUCCCAGACCAGAAGACGCAUAAUCACAUCGUCCAGUGGCUGAAGAAGUGCGACGAGCACCCGCACUGCAAACCGGAAGAAAGCCCGCUACCAACCCGCAUCCUGGACGUCGGCACCACGGACGCCAAUCCGGUCAUCAAGCUCGUCGAGCCAGGCCCGGGGCAGACCGGUAGCUACGUCACGCUCAGCUACUGCUGGGGACGGACUGCGAAACACUUCACGACGACGGCCGAGACCAUACAAGCUCGGAAGAACGGCAUCGAUUUCGACGACCUCCCGCGGACUUUCCAGGAUGCUAUCACCGUGACCCGCAUGCUCGGCGUGCGGUACUUGUGGAUCGACAGCUUGUGUAUCCGCCAGGACGACUUGAAGGAUUGGGAACGGGAGUCGGCGCAGAUGAAGGCCGUGUAUUCCAACUCCCAUCUCACUCUGGCGGGCGACAAGUCCCACGAUACCGACGGCGGUCUCCUGUCUCCGAGAACACCGAGAUCGUACUUCAAACUUCCUCGUAGCGACUCUCCCGCGGAGAAGUACAUCCUUGCUUCGGCUCUUCCUCUGACGACUGAUUUCAUUCACGACUUUCACAUUCAAAUGUUGGAGGAGCCGUUGACGAAAAGGGCGUGGGGCUUUCAGGAGCGAGUUCUCGCCCGCAGGGUCUUGCACUUCGCCAGCGGGCAGUUGUACUGGGAAUGCCUCGAGGGUUUCGAAGCCGAGGAGGGCCUCAGGUUACCGUACCGCCUUCCCUUCGUCAACGACGACAAAGAAUUGGUAGACUACACGGAGAACUUGUCUAAACGCAACACCGAGAAGCCGAGCAGGAUGAACUCCAAUUCAACGAAGGAAAAGUGGCAGAGGCUGAUCUGGGAGUACGGGCGUCGAGAAAUGACGAACCCUGCGGACAAGCUCCCUGCCAUCUCCGGGAUAGCGAGGUCCAUGAGCAAUAUCCUGGGCGACGAGUAUCUCGCGGGCCUGUGGCGUGGUUCGCUGAUUCAAGAUCUGUGCUGGCAGGGUCUCCGAUGCAAGGCGCCUGAAGGGGGGUACCGCGCACCCUCGUGGUCCUGGGCCUCGGUUGACGGCAUACCGGCCAUGGGCUUAAUGGGAGACGUAGACGAGAUGGCCACGGUUCUUGACGCUCGGGUUGAAAUUGACGGGGACAACCCCUUUGGCCGUGUCAAGGACGGCUGGAUCAAGCUGGAAGGCCCGCUGGUACGGAUGGAGCUGUCUGAGAAGAAGGGUCCGACUGGACACAUGAUGUUCCGCAGCGUCAACGGAAGCGGCGAUUGCUUUGCGAUGCUGGAUUCGAUGGACCGCGAUUACGAGGCCAGCUCUGAGCUUAUUAAGACGAUGGAGGUGUAUGCCUUGAUAUUGGCCUACUCGUACGGGUUUCCGGCCAAGCCCGAUCCCGAGAAGGAACGCCCCUGCGCCCAUGGCUUGUUCGUUACUCCGGCAUUGGACAGGCCUGGUUGCAUGAGGAGAAUUGGUGCGGCGCUGGAAGAACCGGGGGUGUUUGGGUCGGAGGAGAUUAUGUCCUCAAGAACUACAGUAACCCUGGUUUAA